AUGCUCAACCAUCCCAGGGCUGGCACCAAGGGCAUCAUCACUGGUAUCUAUUACCUUGGUACUUUCAUAAGCUACAUCUUCGUCUCGCACCCUCUCAGCGACUGGCUCGGUCGUCGAUACGCAGCUCUUUCUGGCGUCGGCGUUCUCAUGCUCGGCACGGCGCUCCAGGCGACCAGCAAUGGUGUAUCAGCCCUCGUAACCAUGAUUCUCGGGCGAAUGGUAUCGGGUGUUGGCGUAGCCAUCGUUUCGACGUCGGUGCCGCUCUAUCAAACGGAGGUUUCACCUGCAAAGCAGAGGGGUCAUUUCGUGACGAUGAAUCACGUCGGCUUUAUCGCCGGCCUUGCCACCGGUCUCUGGGUCGGCUAUUUCAUGACGUACUGGACCUCAGCCAGCGGUCACUACUAUGGCUGGCGCCUAUCCAUCUGCCUCGAACUCGUGCCUGCCCUGACGUUCGCUGCUGGGCUGCCCUGGAUCCCCGAAAGCCCUCGUUGGCUCGUGGAAAACGGCCAUCUCGAACGUGCCAAGGCGACUCUCCGUUGGCUUCGCGAGGGCAUGGCGCCCGAUGCUGAAGUGGACGCCGAAUUUGCCGCCAUCACCAGAAACGUUGACGCCUACUACCCCACCCACACGUCCUGGCUUGCUCUCUUCCGCGAGCCAGCCCUUUUCGCCCGGUUGUGGCGCGCUGCAGCUCUGCAAUUCAUGGCUACUCUGUGCGGCGCCACGGCGAUGAAAUACUAUCUGCCCACGUUGCUCAAGGCGCUUGGACUCGAGACGAGAGUAGCCCUGAUGGCCGGUGCAGCAGAAAUGACCAUCAAGAUUGGCUUCACGGUGUUGGAGAUGUUUCUCAUCGAUCGUUUUGGCAGGCGAAUGUGUCUGGUGGCGGGCUGUGUUGUGAUGGCCGUGGCUAUGAUGAUCAACGGCGCCCUGCCGAUCGCGUAUCCGGACAACUCGAGCAAGGUGGCGGAUGUCAUCUGUAUCAUUUUCAUAUUCGUCUACGCCCUGGGUUACAGCCUGGGCUUCGGCCCGGCGUCAUGGGUGUAUAAUACCGAGAUCUUCCCCACGUCGGUGCGGGCGCGGGGGCUUAAUUUCGCGGCAUCGGGUGGCUCGGUCGGCUCCAUCAUUGUGUCUCAUGUAUGGCCUGUUGGACGGGCAGCAUUGGGCAGCAAGGUUUACUUCAUUUUCAUGGUGGUCAAUGUGCUGUGCAUUCCGAUCAUCCUUAUCUUCUACCCGGAGACAAAAGGCAUCGCUCUAGAGGACAUGGAUGCGCUUUUCGGUAAGGUUGAGACGGCGCAGGGGGUUGACGGCGGCCACCAAGGGCCGGAGGAUACGGAACGGCUGCUGGCGCCACAGUCACCAGGUGAUGCGGGGGAGCCCUAUCACGACGCAUCCACGAGGGUGUGA